UGAUAAGGAGCGGUUAGUUUACGUUUGAACGUUCUCAAUGUGCAACGUGUGGCUUGCGUUGGUCAGCCCGAACAAUUACAGAAUUUCAUAUAACCCAUUUUCUUAAGCAAUUACGAGAAACUGUUGAAAAUUGAUCUCCCGAGAAAGAUAAAAAGCAACAAAUUUUAUUUACUGAAGUGGAGUAAAUUUUUGUUUUCCAAUUGAAAUCAAGUGAAUUAAAAAAAUAAAAACCAUAAAAUAGUGUUUUGGACAUAAAAAAAAAUUGGCUGAACUAAAAAAUUACGAAAAAUUAAUUGGUGAAGUUUUAUUCGCUAGAUAAGAAAAUCAACGGACAUUUAUAAAUUUCCAAGUGAAAAGCAAUUUGAAUGCAAUUAAAGCGUAAAAUUGUGUAAAUUUUUUGUUAUCGAACAAUUAUCGAAAAAUUUAUUACAAAAGAAAGAAAAAAGAAACAGCGAGCGACAAUCGUCUCAAGAAAGAAUAGAAAAUUGACAUUGAUUUUUGGCGAGCCGUUUUCUUCAUUUUAGUAAUUCAAUUGAGUUCAAAUGAAUCAGUUCGACUUAGAGAAUAGCGACUGAAGAGCAAAGUUAAAGAUAGAAGAAAAAAAACUGUUUGGUGUAUUGAGUUUGAAAAAUUGUGUUUGACAAAUUCGUGAAGUUGUCUCUCCGUCCGUGUGUGUGUGUGUGCUUACGUACUGACGUUUAAAACAUUAAAACACAUCGUCGUAGCAUAAGUCAAUAUCGGUGUUUAUGGAGUGAGACGCUUCCAACGAAAGAUGUUAUCGAUAAUUGGAUUCUAAUUUGAUAUUCAAACAAGCCAAACCAAGAGAGAGAGAGAGAGAGAGAGAGAGAGAGAGAGAGAGAGGAAGAGAGAAGAAAGUUAAAACGCUUUUAAAAAUUUGCGGGUUUUCCUAUAUUGAAUUUUGCAUAGUUCGUAUUUUUUUGUUACGAAAAGACGAAAUAACGACGAAAAAAAAUGUAAUUAAAAACAAAUUACACAAAAGAUUUUGCACAAAAGUCAGAGCCGUGAAGAUGAAAAAUCAAUUCGGUUUUAAUUGAUAUUGGACGCGCGAGAAAUCGAAACAUACAGAGAGAGAGAGAAAAAUAAACCCAGUGAAAAUCACCGUUACGGUUAUAAUUAAAUUUCUGUACUAUUUUUAAAUCGUACAGAUUUUCGUAUAGAAAAAAAUUUGCCCACACAUUCACAUUGCAUACAACACACACAACCGAAGAGAGAGAGAGAGAGAGAGAGAGCAAGCGAAACCCGAAAUACACAUCGAAUUUCGAUUGGAUAGGAAAAAAAAUUCACGUUUGCAACCAAAGGAAAUGACUGAGUCAACACUGUUGCAAACAACGGAAAAUAAUAACACAACAACCACAAAAAUGGAUCGAGCAGUCUCACCGUCACCGUCCGAGCAGCAAUACGCUCUCAAAUGGAACGAUUUCCAGAGUUCAAUUUUGUCGUCGUUUCGACAUUUACGCGACGAGGAGGAUUUCGUCGAUGUUACAUUAGCCUGUGAUAUUCGAUCGUUUACUGCACACAAGGUCGUUCUCAGCGCAUGCAGUCCGUAUUUCAGAAAACUGCUGAAAGCCAAUCCAUGCGAGCACCCGAUAAUAAUAUUGCGCGACAUUCGUGCCGAAGACGUAGAAAGUUUGCUACGUUUCAUGUACAAUGGUGAGGUGCACAUUGGUCACGAACAAUUGAGCGAUUUCCUGAAAACAGCGCAAUUAUUGCAAGUUCGUGGUUUGGCCGAUGUCACUGGACCACAAUCCAAAGGUUUACCACUGUCGACCAGUCUAAUACCCGAAACGAAUACAUCAUCAACGGCCAACAUCAACGAUGUGCAUUCAUUGCGAUCGGGCAUGAUGGGUUCGUCGUUGCCGAAUCCAUUGAGCGGUGUUAAUACCUCCAAAUUGCAGGAGACCAAGGCUUCGCCGGUAAGAAAAACUUCGACAUCGUUACCAUGGGAAUUGUCCGAUGAUCGUCGAAAAAGUCAUUUGACUCCACCACCGCCGCAAAAGCGAAUUAAGAGUGUCGAUUUGUAUCGUGCUCAACAUGGCAUCAAUCCAGAAGUUGAUCCAAACGCAUUGAAAGAUGUACAACCACUAUUGGCAGCCGCUGCAGCCUAUCGAGGUCGUGAACGUAACCGUUCAAAGGAAAAUAUAAAUCGAUCACGCGACUCAUCGUCACAAGAUCUCAGCAAAACCGAACUACGCGACUCACUACUUGGACAAGCACUUGAAUCAUCUGCAUCAGCUAAAAAACAUCCGGAUUUGGCAUCACUACAAGCACAAAGCACUGGCGAAGAUUCCAACAGCAGCGAUCAUUCGGCCGCAUCAGACACUGGCGAUUAUGAUGACACAAUGAACGGUUCAAUGGAUCAACGCUUUUCGAGUUUCUUAGGUCUUCAAGGUAUACCCGGUCUAUUGCCUGGCCCAUCCGGAAUGAAUGACAGUUUCGUUUCGCGUCGUCAAUUGGAAAUGCGUGUUCGUGCUACUGAUCCUCGGCCGUGUCCAAAAUGCGGUAAAAUCUAUCGUUCGGCCCAUACAUUGCGUACACAUUUGGAGGAUAAGCACACCGUUUGCCCAGGAUAUCGUUGUGUUCUCUGCGGAACCGUUGCCAAGUCACGUAAUUCAUUGCACUCGCACAUGUCACGACAACAUCGUGGAAUUUCAACCAAGGACUUACCCGUUUUACCAAUGCCAAGCCCAUUCGAUCCGGAACUCGCUUCACGUUUGUUGGCCAAAGCUGGAGUCAAAAUUUCACCAGCUGAACUGCGAGCUCGCGCCUCACCAACCAGUGGCACACGUCGAGGUGACAUGAAAAUGGAAUCAUCACGAGGUAUGCACGAUACCGACAGCAACAUUGACGAAAUGGAAGAUCCAGAAGAUUUGACCAUGGCCAGUGGAAUUAACAACAACAACAUGAGCGGCCGAUACGAUUCAAUGAUGGGAUUCACACAUCCAAACACAACCAUUACGCGUGUAGGUUCGGCUGGUGGUAAAUCAGAUAAUCAAGAUCAAAAGGAUCUACCACAUGGUGCUACUGGAUCGUCAAUUUUGGAUACGUACUUGCAAUUCAUUUCAGAAAGCGCUUUCGGAAUGGGAAUGUCACAAGAACAAACCGCUGCCGCAAUUCAUGCCGCAAAAAUGGCACAAUUGUCAACGCUCGGUCAUAAUUUCGAUAAACUACCGCCAAGCUUGUUGCCACCACAUUUGGAUCUAUCGAAAUUGAAUCGCCAAAGUCCGGACAUAAAUCGUAUGCAAUCGGGCGGCGGUGUAACCAUUGAACCAACCAAAAUACCAACAUCGUAUGCAAACAGUGGUCGAGAUUCGGCCGAUAUUCGUCGUGACGAUUCACAACCAAUGGACUUGGGCGCAGAUGAUCAUCGUAUGCAAGUAAAGGAUCGCAAUUGUCGACGUGACAGCGACAAUAAUGGUGCAAGCAAUAAUGCCAACUCAUCGGGUGAAGAUGAAUACGGUUCGGAUGAUGAUGGUGACCGUGAGAAGAACUAAUGGAACGCCUUCGGGUUUGUUUUCAAUCAAAUUCACAAAUCCAGAAGAGCAAAUGAUUGUUUCUAGUUUGUUAAGGCAUAAAUAAAUUUUUACGUUUUAUGUUAUAGUCGUAGAAGUGAACAAAACAAGAGAAAAAAAACACACAAAGCAAAUACCAGACACAAAAAUACUCAUCGCUUCCUCUUUAGAGUUACAAAAAAUGAACGCUCUGCGUGCAUAGCGUGUUAAGAAUAUUAAAUGAUUAUGUAAAGAUAACGAUUUUGAUGCAAACACCCAAGCAAAGAAAUUCGCAACGUAACCUAGAUAAAAUUAAGUGGAUAGUUAAAAAAAAAACAGUAUAUGAAGAUUUAUGAAUGUUUUUUUUUGUCGAAUGUUUAUGACGAUACCAUUCAAAUUACAAUGAAAUACAAUAAAUACACACACAAACAUCUA